GCUGAGCCAUCCGCCAUCUACCAAACCAGAAGCAGCGCCCUUCUCCCAAUAACGAGUUUACAGCAAUGUAACUCUUUUGAGAAAAUUAUGUGAUAGACUUGUCAAAGACUAAUUCCACGAACAAAGUUUGCACGGACCACCGAGAGCUCCCGAGGAAAAGAUCACACGAAGAAGCACUCGCAAACGUGUAACACCGCUUAAGCAUUAAUUACUCCACCGCUUAAGCAUCGACCCCUCUCAAAAUGCAUAUGACAAAAAUGGAAAUAAAUAAAAAAAAUAAAAAAGGCAAAAGAAAAACCCUAAAUGACGGGAAGAGAGAUAUGAUAUUUUUUUUUUCGUUUUUCUUUUAUUUUUGUCUCAGAUUUACGAUUUUUGUGGGAGCUUAAAAGAGCAUUCUUUUCUCCUUUUCUUCGCCUCCAGUUUGUUCGUAGCCGUUGUUAGAAGCUACUUUACUUCGCUCUCUGUCUUCCCGUGGAUCUGGGUGGAGAUCCAGCUGGAUCUAGGGUUUCUGUCUGGGGCCCACCAGCGCGCUCCUCUUCCUUCUCCGGCGGGGUGACAUGCGGGCAUUGCGGCCGCGAGCUGUGGGGAAUGGGCUAUCCGGCCACCCCGCCGUCGAGUUUGGGCCCCGCUUCUGGUGAUGUUUUUUCUUCUCUCCCGUGGGGCGGAGCGGAGAUGUCUCUUCUUUUGGUGCUUCUGGUCUCUCUUCUCCGCUUGGCUACUUCCACUUCUACAAGGCUGAUGCCAACAACUCAGGCAUUGAUCUCACUAGGCUCACCCAUGAUCUGGAAUAUGACACCUUCAGGUCCGAUACCUUCGCCAGCUCAUUCUCCUGAAUACCAUGGCUCUCCCACAAGUCAUCCCGUGCAGAAUCAUCACCAGAGGUUACCUCAUGCUGUUCCGCCAACCUCAGCUGCACCAUCACAAAACCAAGGUUGUGAUGAAAUCUCUUGUUAUGAGCCACUCACUUCAACCCCAAUUGGUUCACCCUGUGGGUGUGUAUACCCAAUGCAAGUCAAGAUUGACCUUGGAGUAGCACCAUAUCAAUUAUUUUCAAGGAUUGAGGAGCUAGAAGUCGAGGUUGCGGCAGCCACCUUUCUGAAACAAAGUCAAGUGAGAAUAAUGGGUGCUGGGGCCAGUAUUCGGGACCCAGAAAUGACAACAGUUACUAUUGACCUGGUGCCACUAGGAGAGAAGUUUGAUAGGAUGACUGCAUUACUGACUUAUGACAGAUUUUGGCAGAAGAAAGUGCAGAUAAACACAUCCAUUUUUGGUGAUUAUGAUGUGAUAUAUGUUCAUUAUCCUGGACUUCCUUCUUCUCCACCACCCAUGUCAGAGGGAUUCUUGGGCCCGAGUCAACAAUAUCCUUUCAUGGUGGAUGUACACCGUGGCAAGAUGCAGAAGAUGAACGCAAAAACUAUUGCUUUAAUUUCAUUAUCGUCAUUCAUACUUGUCUUGGUAUGCUUUGGGUUAGUCUGCAUUAUCUGGAAAUGGAAGAAACUUGGAAGACCCCUCACUGCUAUAGGACCUGCAAUUCCUCCCUUAACUACUAGAAAAACUGGUAUCAGGUCCAUCAGUUCAAGCAGCAUGGCCGGCUCAACAUCAGUAUCCUUUGUUUCCACCCUUGCUACUCGCCCACCCUCAGUGAAAACAGUUUCUUUAGCAGAGCUUGAAAAGGCCACAGAUAAUUUCAGUGCCAAAAAAGUUAUUGGUGAAGGUGGAUUUGGAUGUGUUUAUCAUGGUAUCAUGGAAGAUGGAAGUGAGGUUGCUAUUAAGUUGCUUACAAGGGAGGACCAAAGUGGAGAUCGUGAGUUCAUUGCUGAAAUUGAGAUGCUCAGCCGGCUGCAUCACCGUAAUCUUGUCAAACUGAUUGGCAUAUGCAUUGAAGGGCACAAGCGGUGCCUGGUUUAUGAGCUGGUUCGAAAUGGAAGCGUGGAGUCUCAUCUGCAUGGUGCUGAUAAAAUGAAGGGACCUCUUGACUGGGAUACUCGGAUGAAAAUUGCCCUUGGUGCAGCAAGAGGACUGGCGUACCUACAUGAAGACUCUAACCCUUGUGUCAUACACCGUGAUUUUAAAGCCAGCAAUAUUCUAUUAGAAGGUGAUUUCACCCCCAAGGUUUCGGAUUUUGGUCUGGCAAGGGUAGCAUCAGAAGGAAUCCAUCAUAUUUCUACUCAGGUCAUGGGAACAUUCGGGUAUGUGGCUCCAGAAUAUGCGAUGACGGGGCAUCUACUUGUCAAGAGCGAUGUGUACAGCUAUGGGGUUGUGUUGCUUGAGCUCUUAUCAGGUAGGAAGCCUGUCUACAUGUCUGAACCUCAGGGGCCAGAGAAUCUUGUAAAUUGGGCACGCCCUCUGCUUACCAGCAAAGAAGGGCUAGAGCAAUUGAUCGAUCCAUCCUUGAAUGGAAAAUAUGACUUUGACAAUAUUGCAAAAGUAGCAGCGAUAGCCUCUAUGUGCGUUCACACAGAGGCAUCGCAAAGGCCAUUCAUGGGAGAAGUUGUACAGGCACUGAAGCUAAUAUACAAUGACCUGGAUGAAACUUGUGAUGAUUCUUUCAGCCAGAGAGAGGAUUCAUUGGGUACCGACUGUGACUUUGGCCAUGACAUCAGUUGGUGGAAUGGGGCGACACCACCACGCUUAACUUAUGGGUGUGCCUCAUCGUUUAUAACAAUGGAGUAUGGUUCGGAUCUGAUGGAAGAAAUGCAGAGACCACAUUCGACAUCUACUUUGGUUGGCAAGUUGGAAUCCUUAGUUGGGCACAAUAGAUCAGGCCCCUUGAGAACCAAGAGGCAGAGGCAAGCUUUUGACAGAUUGAGAGGGAGCAUGAGUGAGCACGGAAACUUUAUGAGACACUAUGGCAUGGAUGACUAUUUUAUUUGAAUUUGUAAAAGGAAGUGCUCUUUCCUUUGCCUCUUUCUUAGUCUUCUCUCUUUUGGGGAUUCUUCAAAAAAAAAUGUACAGUUCAUAGAGGCAGUUCAGCAUAGCUGCAAGGAACUGUGGGCUAUGACUUGUAAUUUUAAAUAUAUUGAUUCAUUUUUCAUGAGUUGAAGAUGUAAUUCGUGCUUUGCACCAUCAGACAAGCCUGGGUUUUGUGUUGUAAUUUAAUGCUAAAAUGGUUAUUACUUGACCGUUUUAGUUGAUUCUAUUUGAAUAAUUUGUUUGCUUAGUCCUCGUGAAUCUGACAGCACAUUCACAUUACAAUUCUUAACAAUUAUGUUGCAAUAUCUCAUUUGAAUUA